AUGCGGGAAAGGGGCCCUUGUGUUUGCAGAGUAGGUCUAUGGAGUCUACUGCUGUCCCUCUGUCUAGCCUCCCUCACACAUGCACACAGGAGCCACACCGUACAUGUUAAAGCAGGGACAUGUGAGGUGAUUGCUGCUCAUCGCUGCUGCAACAAGAACAAGAUCGAGGAGAGAUCUCAGACUGUCAAAUGCUCCUGCUUCCCCGGACAGGUUGCUGGCACCACCAGGGCCAUGCCCUCCUGUGUUGAUGCCUUCAUAGUCGCCCAGAAGUGGUGGUGUCAAAUGCAGCCAUGUAUGGAAGGAGAGGAGUGUAAGGUGUUGCCAGAUUUCACAGGAUGGAGCUGCUCCACAGGCAACAAAGUCAAGACCACCAAGCUGCAGAAGUAA